UCGUCCAUGCCGUCGUCGCACCACCACCACCACCACCACCAUUACCUUGUCCUCCACCUCGUCUUCCUUGUUGCCGUCACACUCUCCGCCGUCGCGGCACUCGGAGGAGGAGAAGGGCCGGCCUGCGACGCGGCGUCCCCGCAGGAGGAGGAACUCCGGCCGGACCGGCUCACGGUGCUCCUGAGCGGCUUCUCGGAGCGGCGGCUCCCGCUCCUCCGCGCCAUCGCGGGAGCCUACGCCGCACACCCGCUCGUCCUCGCCGUCGUCGUGCUCUGGUGCAACCCCUCCACCCCGGACGACCGCCUCCUCGUCCCGCGCUUCCCGCCGGGCGUGUCCCUCCACCGCACCGCCUCGGCCUCCCUCAACUCCCGGUUCCUCCCGCACCCGUCCAUCCGCACCGCCGCCGUGGCCGUCGCCGAUGACGACGUCCUCCCCGACGCCGCCGCGAUCUCCUUCGCGUUCGCCGCCUGGCAGCAGCGGGCCGGCCGCCCGGGCACCCUCGUCGGCUUCUUUCCGAGGUCCCACCACCUCGACCUCGCCCGCGGGAGGUGGGCGUACGCCGCGCCGCAGCCCGGCCGCUACUCCAUGGUGCUCACCAAGUUCCUCGUCCUCGGCGUGGACCUCCUCCGGAAGUACUCCUGCUCCCCGGAGCUCGCGGCGGCGCGCGCCGUGGUGGACCGGGAGCGCAACUGCGAGGACAUCCUCAUGAACUUCGUGGCCGCCGAGGCGUCCGGGGAAGGGCCGGUGCUGGUGGAGGCCGGCAGCAUCAGGGACUGGGGCGACCCGAGGAACGACGCCAACGCCGGCACCGGUGUGGAGGGCGGCGACGCGGCGAUGAAGGCCGUGGGGCUGAGCUCGAGAGGCGGCGUGGGGCACUGGGAGAAGCGAGGGGAGUGCAUCACGCAGUUCCACCGGCUGCUAGGGAGGAUGCCGCUGCGGUACAGCUACGGGAAGGUGGUGGAGGCGGCCGUCGCCGAGCAGGGGCUGUGCAGCAAAGGCGGCCGUCUCGUCCGGUGCGACCAGGAGUAGUCGGCUUUAGCCUGGCACUACAAGAGCUAGCCCGCUGCGUUAUUGGUGUUGUUGGGUUUAUAAACACAAAAACUCAUUUUAUUUUAAAAUAUUACUCCCUCCGUUUUUAAAUAUUUGCUUUUUUAAAAUUUUAAAUGAACUAUCACAUACGGAUGUAUAUACACAUAGUUUAGAGUGUAGAUUCACUCAUUUUGGUCCGUAUGUAGUCACUUGUUGAAAUCUCUAGAAAAACAAAUAUUUAGGAACCGAGGAAGUAGAUGUGUUAUCUUCUUAAAAAGUCAAACAUUUUUAAGUUUGAUCACAUUAGUAGAGAAAUAUAUCAAAAUUCAUAAUAUAUCGGUGUAAUUAGAUUCAUCA